AUGUUUACUGAGGUAUCGGAAGGCAAAGAUAUCAGUGAUUGCAAGGAAGAAGCAUCUGUCAAUGAUCUUAAUCUUGAUGUUGGAAAGUUAUCAGUGCCUUCGCAAAUGCCUGAACCCUUAUUUAUGAGAGCUGAUAAGUCACCUAGGAGAUUGGUGACAUCUGAUCUUUCUGGUGCCGAUCUUCUUCUUCCUUCUUUUGAUUCUAUCAGUUUUGCUGAGCAUCAUGAGCAACGGGAUGAUGUUGCAAAAGAAACCAUUAGAGAUAGUGGUUUUGAACCUAUUUGCAGCACUGAUCCAUCUGAAGCGAGAGUAGAUGAAGGAAAGGAAACUAUCAAACUUGAAUCUUCUGACUCUGUUCACAAUGCUGGGCCAACUAUACAGAGGGAUAAUGAAAGUGAGGAUGUGGUUAAAGAUGACAAUACUCUUGAAAACAAUCAUCCUUUAAUUGUUUAUGGAUCUACUCAGAAGAGGAAUGGGCGCAAGACUAAAUUAAAUAAGAAUGGCGAUGUCCCAAAACGAUCAAGAAAGGGCAGGAAAACAGCCAAAAAGAACUUACCAUUGGAUUUGAGUUCCAUGAAAAUUUCAAGAAGAAGAAGAAGUUUAUUCUGCAAACGAGCUCGUUCCUCAGUUUGGGGAUCUGUAGGGGAUAUAUUACAAGAUUCUGAAGAACAAGUUAUGAUCGACCCGAAUUUAGGCAAUCAGAAACGACAAAGAAAAGUAAGAGGUGGUCAAGGAAAUGGGAAGACUGAUAGGAAACAGGCAGGUCGACUCUCUGAAAAUUCAAUGAGAAAAAGGUGCACCCCAACUGGCCACAUCUCUUUAAAGGUUAGAAUUGGCAAAGAAUCAAUCCAAACUUGCCCCAUCGGUAAUGAGAUUGAGACUUUUCAUGCGACGGGGAAAAGUAUUCCUGAAUUAUUUAAGAAAAUUGAAAAUAAGCUGGAGGAAGAAGUGCUCAACAACCAUCCUGAAACUAACUGCCAGGAGGAGGUUGAUAAUUUUGGGGCAUCCAUUGAUAAUAGGUGUUCGGAUUCAGGAACUUCGCCUGAUUCAGAAGUUAUAAACUCAGUUCCAGAACCUGCAAUUUUUGGAAAAAAUUUAGAAGACAAUGUAGAAAUGAAUCCUUCUUCUGGGCUUCCAGUCGCUCAGGAGCCAUUUAAGUCGCAGAGCUCCGAGACAUUGUUUCCUUGUACGAAGGGGAAAAAAAUGUCUAAAAGCUCUAGAGCAAAGGAAGGGAGCAAACAUAUGUCUGGAAUUUUGGAUUCAUCCAGUAAGAAAGGUAACGCUUCUAAAACUAAGGGAAACAAGAGCAAGUCUGUUGGUAAGCGUAAGGUGAAGGGUGACACUAGCCGUGCCCUCUGUAGAGCAGAAAGCCACCUGGCAGAAGAAAAUAAAGUGUUAUCUCAUCUUGGUGGGGCAAAUGAUCAAUAUGUUCCACCGAGAAAUGCGUGGGGGCGUUGUGAUGAAUGCCAUAAAUGGAGGCGCAUACCGGCUUCACUUGCUGACCAAAUUGGAGAUCCAAAGUACAAAUGGACUUGUAAGGAUAACGAGGAUAAAGACUUUGCUGACUGCUCAAUUCCGCAAGAGAAAUCAAACGUGGAGAUCAACGAAGAGCUGGAAAUAUCCGAUGGUUCCUGUGAAGAUGAUUCACCUGGCGUCUUCUUGAAUCCGAAUCAGUCAACAGCUCCUCAACAGUCUUCUUGGAAGCUUAUCAAGUCAAACCUGUUUCUGCAUCGAAGCCGUAAAAGUCAAACUAUUGAUGAGAUAAUGGUUUGCCAUUGCAAACCUCCAUUAGAAGGCAGAAGGGGUUGUGGAGCUAAAUGUUUGAACCGGAUGCUUAACAUUGAGUGUGUUCAAGGGACUUGUCCAUGUGGUGAACUUUGUUCAAAUCAACAGUUCCAGAAGCGCAAAUAUGCUAAAUUAAAGUGGUUCAGGUGUGGAAAGAAGGGUUAUGGCCUUCAGGCGCAUGAGCAUAUCUCCGAAGGACAGUUUCUUAUUGAAUAUGUUGGAGAGGUGCUUGAUGUGCAUGCUUAUGAAGCGCGGCAAAGAGAGUAUGCUUUGAAUGGCCAUAAGCAUUUUUACUUCAUGACAUUGAAUGGCAGUGAGAUUAUUGAUGCAUGUGCUAAAGGAAACUUAGGACGUUUCAUAAACCACAGUUGUGAUCCUAAUUGUCGUACGGAAAAGUGGAUGGUGGAUGGAGAAGUUUGUGUUGGACUUUUCGCUUUGAGGGAUAUUAAGAAGGGUGAAGAAGUUACAUUUGACUACAAUUAUGUACGCGUGUUUGGGGCUGCUGUUAAAAAAUGUGUGUGUGGUUCACCUAACUGUCGGGGAUAUAUAGGUGGCGAUCCAUCAAAUGCUGAAGUAAUCGUUCAAGGUGAUUCUGAUGAAGAAUAUCCUGAACCCGUUAUGAUCUGUGAAGAUGGUGAGAUGGAUAAUGACUGGAAUGGUACAAUGACUCAUUCCUCCAAUGGCGCAGAAAUUACAGUUGCAAAGAAAGAAUCAGAAAACAACGAUAGAAUGAACCAACUAGAAUGUAUUGCUGGUCACUUGGAGAACAUUUCCGAAACACACACUUCAGAAACUUCAACUAGAAAUGAAGUUGAAAGUGUUGGCCCUGUUUCAGGUGAUGGUUGCUUAAGGACUUCAAUGGGCCAGAGACAUUCUUCUGUUCAACCCAUUGAUGUAUCCUUACAACCAGAUGAUCUUACAAAAGAAGCUAUAUCUGCAGUUAAGCACGAGUUUUCUAUAGCAGAAAAGAACACUACAAAUUCCUUUUUCUCUGCUCUUGAAAAUGAGAUGACUGCCCAUACUGGACCGCCUAAAAAAUUGGUUAAAACAAGGAGGAAGUUAAAAUCCGGUACUGGUGGAAGAAGCGAAGAAUUUAUGGAGUCUAUUCUUGCAAAAUCUCAUCAUUCAUCAUCUACAGUAAAGAAGGGAAAGCUUAAAACUAAUGUUAUGACUGGCAAAAGAACUCCAGAUGUUGACAAGUCAAUUAUUGUGCCCUACAAACCCAAAAGAUUACCAGCACUUUCCUUAAAUAGCCAUUUUGAAGCAGUUGAGGAGAAACUAAAUGAGUUGCUAGAUCCUGAAGGGGGAAUAAGCAAGCGGAAAGAUGCAUCAAGAGGUUACUUGAAGCUUCUUUUUCUUACUGCUGCUUCCGGGAAUAAUGGGCAUGGUGAAGCCAUUCAGAGUAAUCGAGAUCUUUCAAUGAUCUUGGAUGCCAUCUUGAAGACAAAAUCACGGACUGUUCUAAUUGAUAUAAUUAACAAGAAUGGUUUGCAGAUGUUACACAACAUAAUGAAGAGGUACAGAAGGGAAUUCAUUAAGACUCCUAUCUUGCGAAAGCUUCUUAAGGUGCUCGAGUAUCUGGCAAUGAGGGAUAUUCUUACUUUGGAGCACAUAAGUGGAGGUCCUGCAUGUCCUGGAGUGGAGAGCUUUAAGGAUUCAAUAUUGAUACUGACGGAACAUGCCGAUAAACAGGUCCAUCAUAUUGCACGGAACUUCCGUGAUAAGUGGAUUCCUAGGCAUAUGAGAAAAAAUGGCUGUAUGGUUGCUGGGAGGAUGGAAUUUCAUCCUCGUUCUAGCUACACCAAGUUUUCUGUUGCACAUGAUCAUGGGAGUCAGAUAAAACCUUCACAAGCAAUGGAGUGUUUUGAAACGCAGUCCAUGCCUGAAUCUUGUACGGGUAACACUGGUGUUCCAGACAUCUCUGCCUCAGGUGAUAAUUGUGGAAACAGCGGCACAAAAAAGCGCAAGCGUAAAAGUAGAUGGGAUAAUCCAUCGGAGGCAUGCCCGACGCCAAACAUCAAUGGGGAUGGUCCUCCUGGGUUUCUGUCUCCUUUUUUGGGUGAUUCACAGCAAAGAUUCAGUUCACGUCUCCCUGUGUCUUAUGGCGUUCCAUUUACUAUCAUAAAACAGUAUGGGGGCCAUGAAGCAGAAGCUUCUAAGGGUUGGGCUGUAGCUCCCGCUUACGGUGAUAUGCUUGCCAGUUCAGGAGACUUGGCCAUUCUAGCAAUUAACACAGGCCUUAAGAAUUUAGACACAGAAAGGCGAUGUUUCACGGGAAGGUGGAAGAGAGUAAAGAACUUGGGAUUCCAUUGUUGUAUUUUAUGCAUCCAUUGA